UACUAUCGACCUUGAGGAACCAUGGAGUACCACCACCAGGGGAUCCAGCAGCAACCGCCGUCGUGGGGGUACGGCUGGGGCCCCCCAGCGCCGGCCCCGGCGCCUGCGCCCGCGCAGCGAAGCAAGAGAACGCACUCGGAGAGCGAAGACGAUGCGUUUUCUGAAGAAAGCAGCAAGGAUGCGCAAUCUCCCGGCGGCGACUCCUGCCAGCUGAUGACGAGGAAGAGGAGACGAGGUGUCAUAGAGAAGAAAAGAAGAGACAGAAUUAACACAUCUCUUACUGAACUGAAGAGGCUGGUCCCCGCAGCCUGUGAGAAGCAGGGUAGCGCUAAGUUGGAGAAAGCAGAGAUAUUACAGCUAACUGUGGAUCAUUUAAAGAUGCUGCAUGCUAAAGGUCUGGACACGUUCGCGUACGACCCUCAGAGGUACGCCAUGGACUACCACAGCAUCGGCUUCCGGGAGUGCGCAGCCGAAGUCGCCCGGUACCUCGUCAGUUGCGAAGGUCUAGACAUACAAGAUCCUUUAAGACUCCGGCUCAUGAGUCACCUCCAAUGCUUCGCUGCCCAAAGAGAGUUAGCUGCCAAAUCAGCUAAUUGGGGCUACCCUCAGUACCCUUCAGCUCCUGUAGCGCAAUCCCAACAUGGUUACACAGAGUUGGGUCCUCGACAGGAACCAGUACCUAUAACGACGGCAGCACCCACAGUAGCUGCUCCAACGGCCAUUGCUGCACCUCUAACAGCAGCUCCAAGCUACCCCCACUACCCAGCUCCCCCAGCGCCCCCCGGACCUCCAGGACCUCAUCCCGCCCCCCCUGCGCCUCACUACCCCACCCCCUAUCCACACCAUCCAACGCACCAGUAUUCACAAAAUUCGUCAAAACCGUAUAGGCCAUGGGGCGCGGAGCUAGCGUAUUAG